UGUUGUUUCGUCGAGCUGCGUGAAAUGAAAUAACCGAACAGGAAACAUCGAUCGAGCUUCCUUCUUCUAGAUCAAGUCAGAACAGGUGAAUUCACCAUGGGCCGGCUCGAUGAUGCUGCAAAGCACAAAGUGGUAGAGCUGCGAAAGGCUGGCCUGAGUUUCCGUAAAAUCAAAGCUGUGCUGGAGCUGGAGAACAUUAAGGUUUCCGCUCAGGCCAUCUACUUGUUCCUGAGAGAGUUCCAGGGGAGGCCGCCAGGGAGGGUGAGACCUGUAGAGCCUGGAAGUAGCACAUCACCAGCACAGGUGCAAGCUCAAACUGGAGCAGUACAGCAGAGCUGGAGUAACAUUCAAAUCCGAAACCUAUUACGGGAUUCAUCUCAACGUCUUGGCUUCCCAGCUGCUGCUGACUUUGCUAAACAGACUCCCACCAGCUCAGAGGGCUCUUCCUCCGGGGAAACCAGUGGAGGCAACAGGAAAGAACAGCAACCUGAAGAACAUAAGGAUGAAAAUGAUAUCCAGAUUGUCAGUGUCACGUCACUUGCACAGCAGAGCCAACAAAGAGCUCCCCAGUCCACUCUACCAAGGUCAGAAACCUGUGCUAUGACUUCCACACCAGCAGUGAGGCGGAGAGUCACACCUUCUCCAGCCACUAGUUCAAUGCUGGCAGCUCGAAAGAGAAUUUUGGAUAAAGCAUUGUCACACAGAUUGAAGUUUUCAACAGUGGCAUCAUUGUUAAGGAGAGAUCCAUCAAGUGUCCAGGGCACUGACAUGAGGAAUGCUGUGCCACAGCCACCUGAAACCUACGAUCUGACCACUGAAAAGACUGUUACAGGGAAUCAGCCUGGAAGUAGCAGCGCUCCUAGACGUUCUCUCACCCAGAGACCAGGGCUAUCUGUUCGUUCCCUUCCUCCUCCCCCUCAUCCUCCUCCUCGAGUUGGGAUUCGUCUUUCUAACCGACCACAAGCACCUUUAACAUCUGCGUCUCCCGGGGGCGCUGUUAUCCGCAUACAGGCCCCCGGGAGUCAGGGUGCUCCUCGUACUGAAGGGAACCCAAGUCCACAGCAGGCAGCCCAGGACGCUGGAGUCAGAAGCGGUUUCCAGGAUCAGAUUCAGAGUUUGGGCUCUGAAGUGCGCAGCUUGGGCCUGGCAGUGAAGAUGCUUGUAGAGCAGCAGUGCCGUCUGGAGAGGGAGCAGUCGCAGCAGACCCAAAUUCAGAAGCAGAUCCUCAACACUCUACAGACCAUUGCAACCAAAAUGAGUCAUGGUAGCAGUGUUCAAAAGCAGAAAAACAAGACUCCUUCACCCUCUGCUUUGGCAGCAGCUUCUGCCUCUACCUCGUUUAACCAAGACACCUUCAGUUUUAGUCAAGGCACUUACACUCAGUGUAGCCAAACCCAGCCUAGCUACAGCUCUUUAGAAGGUUUAGAAAAUGUGGAGGCCUUUAAAUUGCCGGGACUCAGUCCUACAACCGUGAAUGGGUUUCCACCAUGUAGCAAUACUGAAAGCCUUCCUCUUACUCACACCCCUUCUCAAACACAACCUUAUUCAGCUGCAUAUAUUCAGCAGACCAGUCAACCACUCAUGCCUCCCUACACGCAAUCAUAUGUCUCCACAUACAGCAUACAGUCACAUCCUCAGACUUUCAGAGCAUUGGAGAGUAAAACAUCGGAAUUCCAAAGCAGCUGCUCAACAAGGACUUUCCAGGACUGCAGCGUUUCCACUCAACCAGUGCUGAACUCGGACCACUCUUCACAGGACCAGCAGAUCAAUAUUAUCAAAGUGGAAGGACCAUAGAUGGCUUUAGAUUCCACACACUGUUUGAGGACCACAAGGGCUUUGAUGUACUUUUUUUUAGAGUGACUGUAGCAUUAUGAACAUGUUUUCAAAUAUAACAAUAAACAAUGUAGCAAGUUUUUUUUUUUUUUUCCCAAAGGGAGAGGGUACAAUCAGCAAUAGGAUACUACAAUCUUUUAGUAAAUAUUAUAAUUUGUAUUUGCUACAGGCAACAAAUAAUUCAGACAUUUUAAAUGACAUGUUUAUCUUAUAUCACCAUUACUGGCAUUAUCAACUGUUAAUUUUCAUACAUCUGCGCAAACUGAUUAUAAAACACAAGGACCUUAUUAUGAUCCAAAGCAUGCUUCCAUUUCACUAUUUUAGAGAUGACAAGCCAUUCUCAUAUAAAACUGAGAAUGCUUAAAUAAAAAACAAAAAGGAAAACGUGAUUCUUAAAAGGGGCGAUUCAGGACAAAAUCACGUGUGUGUAUAUUUUUUUUCUGUGGUAUUUGUAUUUAUCCAUCUAGAUUGGUGACGAGUUUUGGGUGUUUGCCUUAUUUUGAAUAUAAAGGAAGAGGACAACACUUUCAUUGUUAUGCUAAAAGACAAGUAAUGGUAAUGCUUCUUUCUGUAAAACUUUUUUUUUGUUAUACAGAAAAAAAAUCUGGUGCUUUUAGCCUUACAUGCUGUAUACUGUUGUGGGCAUAAAUGGGUAGUAAUUGGGCUUUUAAUUAUUUCUUUUAAGUGUGUUUUUUUUUCCAGGGUGGAAUGAUUGUAAUGCAUACAUCUUUAAUGACUUUAAAAAAAAAAAACAAAAAAAAAACAAGAAUUGGUUGCCGUUUGAAUUUAUCUUGGACUUUCUCUAAUCCACACAGGACCAAAUGUCUUUUAACGUGACAAGGCCAGCUCCUAUUAACUUCUUGCUAGUGAUCAUGUUUCACUACAACUGGCAGUUUCUUUGUGUAUCAGAUAGAUGGAUAGAUGCAGAUUCCAAGAUUAAAUAGUUUAAAUAAGUUUAAAUAAUUGUAAGUUAUUCAGAUGUGUAACCACUUUGCCAGAGUGAAAGAAUACUCAAACUGUCCCCCUCCACAUGAGAGGAAAUUGGUUAGGAUGUUCAGAAACUACAACGGCUCAAGUCUGCCAUUAAGUGGAAACUGCUGGAACGCCAGCGUCACCAUCCACAAUGAAGUGAGGCCCUGGGUUCUAAUCUGCCAGCUCGUCAAGACCGUAGGUGUGAAUGUGAGUGUAAAUCUGUCUCUCUGUGUCGGUCCUGCGACAGACUGGUGACCUGCACAGGGCAUACCCUGCCUCUCGCCCUAUGGCAUCUAGAAUAGGCUCCAGCCCCUGUAACCCUGAAUUAGAUGAGGAGAAAAAGAUGGAGCAAUUUAACCAGUUUAAUCAUUUAAAGUUACUUCUACCAAAGAAGAGUGGUCAAAUAACCAGCCACAUUUAUGCCAGAAUUCUGCUGAUGGUGACCAUCUGGUCGAAAUAGAGCUUCCUGAGGAAUAUUUAACUAAAUAUUAGUUGGGUUAUAUGCAUAUAUUUGACCCCGUGUGCAUUAGAGAAAAUAGACAAUAAUUUAUAAUAAUGUAUAAACGGAAAGUUUAAAGAAAUCCUUAAAACCCGAAAUUUACCAUGACAUUCAUCCCCAUGAUGAGUACAUUUCUGACCAUAACUGUACAUCUCUAGACCAACAGAGGGAUACAAAUAGCCACCAUUACAACUCAGCUGAGGGGAGUGGCAUUAUAAUCUCUUUGAUCAGCUAGUACAGGGUCACUGAAUCUAGGGCUGUGGCAUUUACCUACUGGGCCAAUGCAAAUAUGGGCC